UUCUUGUUUUGUAUCUCAGUUUCUCUCUUUUUUUACACACACAAAUUAAAAUUAAACAAACAAAAAAUAAGCUCGGUAACCUAGCUAAAUUCAGCCCAGAGCACCACUACAGCUAUGUGAGGGAUCGGAUCGAACCGAGACCUCGGAGUGUUUGUAAAUAUUUAUUUAAAUAAUUUGUGGGGAGAGAGAGAGGCACUACUGCUCAAGUGAGUAGAGGAGGGGAGUUGGAGAGAGCGCGUGAACACCAGUCUCAGUGCCAGCUGACAGGCUGAAAGUUUCCUGGGACUUUCUGGCGAACUGGAUCAAUGAUGGAAUUGCAAACAUUACAGGAGGCCCUGAAAGUGGAAAUACAAGUCCAUCAGAAACUUGUCGCCCAAAUGAAGCAGGAUCCACAGAACGCAGCUCUGAAGAAACAACUUCACGAGCUCCAAGCGAAAAUCACGGCUCUGAGUGAGAAACAGAAAAAAGUGGUGGAGCAGUUGAGGAAGGAGUUGCUGGUGAAACAGGAGCCCGACUUGAAGCCACAGACGCUCCCAGCAACCGCAGAUGGUAAAACCGUGCUGCUGAUGCCUGCCUGUCCUCCUUCACAGCCGCCCACAGGGCCUCCACACAACCAGGGGGCGCCACAGAAGACUCUCACCGUGACGCCGGUCAUAACUGCAAAGACUCUACCUCUCGUGCUGAAAGCUGCCACCUCCACCAUGCCUGCUUCCAUGGCAACACAACGCCCCACAGUCGCCAUGGUCACUGCCAUCAGCAACCCCCUGAGACCCGGCGUCAAUUCCGACUCCCAGAGCACACCAAUCAACCUUCAGGUGGCCAGCAAGCUACCCAAUCAGGACACAGAUGCCGGCACACGGAUUGUGUCCAAGAAUGUUAUUGUCGUCACCACCACCUCUGCCCAGCCUAUCAAAGUUCCCCAGUUUGUCCCUCCUCCUAGAUUGACGCCUCGACCCACCUUUCAGCCACAGGUUCGACCAAAACCCCCCAUGCCCAUCAAUGUACCCAUCGCUCCAGCUCCUCCUCCUCCCACGGUGGCGGCUCCUCUAAUCCAGCGGCCCCUGAUGCUCACCACCAAGCUUACGUCAUCUUUGCCUGCCUCUGCUGGGCCCAUUCACCAGGUGCACAUCGUGAACGGACAGCAGUGUGCCACCAUUGACAAGACCAUGACUGCAAUCACGAGUGGCACCACGCAAGUCACAGGCAUUGUCAUCAGUCCUGCCCAGACACUUCAGAUCAGCAACCUUAACUCAGACUUGAAGACUGUGAAACCACAGGGAGGACCAGAACAGGUGGUCAUGAGUACACCACCCUCAUCCUCUCCUCCUCUUCCUCCUCCUCCAGCUAAGAUCAAACGAGAGGAGAGCCCACAGAAACUUGCCUUUAUGGUGUCUCUUGGGUUGGUCACACAUGGCCAUCUUGAAGAGAUUCAGAGUAGAAGACAAGAACGUAAGAGGAGAACAACAGCCAACCCAGUGUACAGUGGAGCAGUGUUUGAACCUGAGAGGAAAAAGAGUGCUGUCACUUACUUGAACACUCCACUGCAUCAAGGCACCAGGAAGAGAGGUCACCCUCCCUUCCAUUUCUCCUUCGCUCUCUCCCUCCUUUCCAACCCCCUGCUCUCCCCCACCAGCAGCCUUCCCGCCUCCCCAGCCCCUGAGCGGCCUGACACGGGGGGCUUUCCCCUCUCUGUCCCCCCUCAUUCUGUCCCCCAGCCCAGCCCCAGCUCCGGGGAUGGAGACAUCCAUGAGGAUUUCUGCACUGUGUGCAGACGCAGUGGACAGUUGCUCAUGUGUGACACAUGUUCGCGCGUCUACCACCUCGACUGCUUGGACCCACCCCUCAAAAACAUUCCCAAAGGCAUGUGGAUCUGUCCUAAAUGUCAAGACCAGAUUCUGAAGAAGGAAGAGGCCAUUCCAUGGCCAGGAACCCUAGCAAUUGUCCAUUCCUAUAUUGCUUACAAAGAAGCAAAAGAAGAAGAGAAGCAGAAGUUAAUGAAAUGGAGUGCCGAACUAAAGCUGGAACGAGAACAACUAGAACAGAGAGUGAAACAGCUCAGCAACUCUAUAACAAAAUGUAUGGAGACCAAGAACAGCAUACUUGCCCGUCAGAAGGAGAUGCAGGCCUCUCUGGACAAGGUAAAACACCUGGUCCGCCUCAUCCAGAAACUGUGUCGUCAGUACUUCUACAUCCAAGGCAAACUAGUCUUGGUUCUUGUAGACCAAUAG